CAGGAAUGAUGUCGCGAAUCCUAACGCACCAGUACGUACUACGCUGGACUCCCAGGAACACCGUGCAAAGUCGCAUAAAAAGCGCUCUUAGGCAUAGUGAUAUAAGGGCUACAACGCAAACAGAUCAACAUCUACUUCUACCUCCUGCAUAACCUUUCUGUGUUCUGUCUGACUCGCCUCGGCCACUUGUGCGCCCUGGGGCUUGCACCUAAGCAAUAUGAGACUAUCUCUAGCAAGGGAACAACUGCUAUCGUUGCUUCUAGGAGGCCUGUACCUGAGCGCUUGUCGAGCCGCAGGACAGCUCCAACUUAACUAUUCGCAAGUCCUUUCCCUAAGUUACAGGUAGAAACUAGCAUUUUAAAUAUUUGAAGGUACUUGCUGCAUGGACGAUGCCUCACGGUUGCUGGAACGUAAAGGGUCUGCAUGCGUUUACCACGACCCACCAGCUUACGUACGUGACAUAGUUUAUUUGGGUCGUGCGUAAAUCAGGUUCUAUGAGGCACAGAUGUCAGGCGACAUGCCAACAUGGUCACGUGCGUCGCAAGCGGCUGGUGGAUGGCGCAAUCGAAGCCAUUUACUGGACGGAACCGGACCUAGCGGCAUCAACGUAGACCUGUCUGGCGGAUGGUACGAUGCUGGAGACCACCUCAAGCUGCACCUGCCUCUGGGCGUUUCCGCCAGCCUGCUGGCUUACAGCGCGCUGACCUGGGAGAGCGCCUACCGGGCAGCUGGAGAAUGGGACAUCGCUGUGCGCAACCUCGACUGGGUAGCAUCUUACUUGUCAAAGUGCCACUACCAAGCCAGCGACACGCCCACCUCCAACGCCUUUGUGGGCCAGGUUGGCGACGUUGACACGGAUCACAACACCUGGUGGGGCCGUCCGGAGCAGCAGCCGCAGGGGGGAUCCCAGGGCUCUGCGGGCUGGCGCCCGGUCCACGUGAUCACAUCGGCGGGAGGCAAGGGAGCAGACAUUGUGGGAGAGGCUGUGGCCGCCCUGACCGGUGCGGCUCUGCUGCUGAAGCGUGCAGGCGCCUACUCGGCCCCCAGCAAGGCGCAGGCGCUGCUGACCCGUGCACGACAGCUGUUCGCGUUUGCCAAGACUGUGCCGAGCACGUGGACCCCACCGUCCGGCUCCAACGCCUACCCAAGCAGCAGCUACAACGACGACAUGGCCUGGGCGGCAGCAUGGCUGUGUAGGGCUGACGUGGACGCGGGCGUGUCCGUGGGUAGCAGCACGUACUGCGCUGCCGCACUGCCGUACUGGGACGCUGCCAAGUACGGCAGCCUGGAUGUGUCAUGGGACAACAUGGCGGGUCCAGCCGCUCUGCUGCUGCGAGACACGGGUGCGGGCGGCGCCACGUACAUCGCCAGCUAUGACGACUUCAUCAACCGGCUCCUGACCACUUGGACCUCCUCCGUGCCGUCUUGCUCUACGGGGAAUGUUCCAUGCCUCACCAACGGCGGCCUGGUCUGGUACAACGACUGGGGCAGCAACCGCUACACGGCCAACGUGGCGAUGGCCGCACUCGCCUCAGCACGCAGCGAUGGCGGUGCGGGUCUGGCGCUGACUCCGGCUGCCCGCGUGUCGCGUCAUUGCUGGGCCAAGAAGCAGUUGUCGUACAUGCUCGGCGACAACAGCCUGAGCCAGUCCUACGUGGUUGGCUUCAAGCCCACUGCGCAGCACAACGCCCCCCAGAAGCCGCACCACCGCAGCUCCAGCUGCAGCCCCGACUACAGCGUGACGUGCGACUGGACGGCCCUGGACCUGUCCGGCCCCAACCCCAGCGUGCUGGCGGGGGCGCUGGUGGGCGGCCCGGCCAGGGACGACAGCUAUACCGACAACCGACGUGACUACAUGAAGAACGAGGUGGCGCUCGACUUCAACGCGGGAUUCACGGCGGCGCUGGCGGGCCUCACGGAUUUGGAGCAGGGGCUUCAGAAGAUAGGGUGCUCCUGGACUAGCUACUGCGCCAUAGCGUGCAGUGCUCCCAGCCCCUCGCCUCCGUCCCCGUCGCCUUCUCCAAAGCCGCCGCCGCCGCCUUCUCCGUACCCUUCUCCGCCACCGCCUUCCCCUUACCCGUCUCCAAAGCCACCGCCGCCGCCUUCUCCGUUCCCUUCUCCACCGCCGCCUUCCCCUUAUCCGUCUCCAAAGCCGCCGCCGCCGCCUUCUCCGUUCCCUUCUCCACCGCCGCCUUCCCCUUAUCCGUCUCCAAAGCCGCCGCCGCCGCCUUCUCCGUACCCUUCUCCACCACCGCCUUCCCCCUACCCGUCUCCAAAGCCGCCGCCGCCGCCUUCUCCGUUCCCUUCUCCGCCACCGCCUUCCCCAUACCCGUCUCCAAAGCCGCCGCCGCCGCCUUCUCCGUACCCUUCUCCACCGCCGCCUUCCCCUUACCCGUCUCCAAAGCCACCGCCGCCGCCUUCUCCGUUCCCUUCUCCACCGCCGCCUUCCCCUUAUCCGUCUCCAAAGCCGCCGCCGCCGCCUUCUCCGUUCCCUUCUCCACCGCCGCCUUCCCCUUAUCCGUCUCCAAAGCCGCCGCCGCCGCCUUCUCCGUUCCCUUCUCCACCGCCGCCUUCCCCUUAUCCGUCUCCAAAGCCGCCGCCGCCGCCUUCUCCGUACCCUUCUCCACCACCGCCUUCCCCCUACCCGUCUCCAAAGCCGCCGCCGCCGCCUUCUCCGUUCCCUUCUCCGCCACCGCCUUCCCCUUACCCGUCUCCAAAGCCGCCGCCGCCGCCUUCUCCGUACCCUUCUCCACCACCGCCUUCCCCCUACCCGUCUCCAAAGCCACCGCCACCGCCUUCUCCGUAUCCUUCUCCACCACCGCCUUCCCCUUACCCGUCUCCAAAGCCGCCUUCCCCCUCGCCUUCUCCCAAGCCACCGCCGCCGCCUUCUCCUAAGCCUUCGCCUCCACCUUCCCCGUUUCCUUCACCACCUCCCAAGCCGUCCCCAUCACCACCGCCUAAUCCAUCUCCCUCGCCGCCUCCCAAGCCGUCAUCUUCACCACCCCCCAAGGCGCCGCCCCCACCGCCACCCAAGGCAUCGCCGCCGCCCUCACCCUCACCAACCCCCACCUGCGACGCGAAUGACUACGCCUGCAAGGAGUGCUCCGACUCAGACAUCACUGCAGCCCCCAGCUGCCGUACAUGUGUGUCUUCCAUGCGCAGCAUCGGCCAGGACCCCUGGCGCUGCUUCUCGUCAUGCACCAAGGGAAAGAAUGCCAUCUCCGAUUCCACCAUGCAGGGCGUCUGCCUGGCGGAGUGUGUGCCCACAACCGCAGCUAAAGAUAACGACUGGGCUUGCGACCAGUACUGCGGCGACGCCUCGCUGGUUGGGAAGAAUACUACUCGCUUCCGACAGUGUGUAACCUGCUUGCAGGGCGUGUCGUGUAGCUCGGCUGCUUGGAGCUGCCAGAACUGCAUGCAGGUCGCCAACGGUCGUUCAGACGCCGAGGCGGCCCGGUCCUUCUGCUUCUCCUGCGUCACCAAUCCUAGUUACUAUGGCUACGAGUGGGACUGUGGGGACUGCACCCAGAAAUACAAGACCACGACGGAGCGCACUGCAUGCAUAACCAACAGGGUAAAGUCGAGCGGCAGGAAGCUGCUGCCGGGUGCCUAAUUAAGCAGCCAGCUGCGCUGGGGGUUUGGUACCGCAGGAGCAAUAAGUAUAGCCAUGGGGAGCGGACGGCAUUCAUCCAUUAUCUUUAUUUACGCUGAAGCAGGUUUGAGAGCCGAAGAUUUAUGCAGUGAAUUUCCGCAAAGCUCACACAAUCGGCUGCAUAUGUUUUGUACGUCUAGGUAGCUGAAUGAGGAGGGGCAAAUUGACUUGCCUUCACCCACACUGUUCGGUAUUCAUUGGCGGCGUACGGUGCCCUGGGCGUGCGCGCAUAACUGGUCAGAUCUUGGCACUGCAGGUACACCCAAGAAUAGCGUGCCAAGAUAACCUGAUCGGGUGAAGUGUCGGGUCCUUGAUAUAUGCAUUCAACUGUUGAACGUUUGUUGCAGUAGCGUUGCUGUCCGGCGUUGCGUUACGAAGGGGAAGAUCUGAUACUGUUGUGGGCCGCCCUUAAGGUUCACUGCGGAUGGUGCAGGAUGGUGUGCCCCAUUGUAGAUGUUUCCAUGCAUGCUGAGGUCUUUGCGGAAAGCAUUGAGCCUAAAUGUGCAAUUUAGUUGCAUGAAUGAGAAGCUGUUCGCUGGGUACGCCGAAGCCAUGUUGCCAGGUGAAGCCACAUGUGAUAUACAAGCCAGGAGAUGUCCCGGUCUCCCUUG